CAAUUAGUCGAGACUUACAUAAAUAAAAGUCAUUCAGUUUGGAACCUUGGCCGGCAGCAAAGAUAUAUAGCUAGCCCUUCUGUUAUCUUGUACAUGUAUAUCAUGGCAAAGAAAGCAAAGCUUUGUGGUCCAUUAUUUGCAUUUUUGUUUCUAUUUUCUUUGGGGUACAGAGCCCAUGCAGAUGAUCCAGUGACAAUUUUCAUAUUAGGAGACUCCACUGUGGAUGUCGGCACCAACAAUUGGUUACCAGAAAGUUACUGCAGGGCUGAUUUCUCUCCCAAUGGGGUUGAUUUGCCUUAUUCUGUGCCUACUGGGAGGUUCAGCAACGGCCUUAACAGCGCCGACCAAAUCGCGAGUCUAUUUGGCUACCAGAGAAGUCCGCCACCUUUCUUGUAUAUGAUCAAUCACCCAGCCACUUUUAAAAGGGAUAUACUGCGGGGGGUGAACUUUGCUUCAGCUGGAGCCGGCAUAUUCUACGAAACUGGCCAAAAACGAUUUAUCAAAGUUGUGCCACUGAGCGACCAGAUUCAACAAUUUGCGACGGUCAAAGGGAAUUUGACAGAGUUGAUAGGUCCCGUUGCAACUGCUAAUGUGCUUGCCAAGUCUUUGUUCGUCGUUAGUAUUGGAAGCAACGACCUUUUCGAGCAUGUUCCUCCAAAUUCCUCCACCUUAGUUGAUCAUAACGACGACUUGUACAUCACAAAUCUUCAGUUCACGUACCAUGGUCAUUUAGAGAGUUUAUACAAGCUAGGAGCUCGCAAAUUUGGGAUUAUGAGUAUUCCUCCAAUUGGAUGCUGUCCUAAACUACGUGCUUCAUCAAAGAAGCCGGGUGCUUGUAGAGAAGAUCUAAACAAGCUCGCUCAAUCCUUUUUCAUUUCACUUGAGGAUCUUCUGCGAAAAAUGAGUUCAAAAUUGGUAGGGAUGAAAUACUCACUCGCGAAUACUUAUGAAAUGACCAUGAGUAUCAUUGAAGACCCAUUAGCCUUCGGCUUCAAGGACGUCCAAUCAGCCUGCUGUGGAUCAGGAAAGUUCAAUGGAGAAUUGCCAUGCUUUUUUCUCCUUGGCCCCAACCUUUGUGCGAAUCGGCACGAGUUCUUGUUCUGGGACAGUUAUCAUCCCACUGAAUAUGCUUCGAAAUUGGCAGCACUUACCCUCUAUGGUGGAGGAACAAGACUUGUCACACCCAUGAAUUUCAGUCGGUUGGUGGCUACUCAUGUUAAUAUCACUUCCUAAUGACAAGAUUCAACACAAAAAUAAAGUGGAAAUGAAUCUUCUCUUCUCUUUUUAUGUAAAAAUAAGUUAAAUUUGUGAGGGUUUGUUAUUUUGAACCAUGUUUAAAUUGGAAUAAUUAGCAAUAAUUGCGACGAUAUCUUCAACGGAAUUGGAUUCCAUCCAAAUCCAUUUUGUGGGGAUCCUAGGGAUCUCCAGAUCUUAGCUAUCCAUCGUAUAUCGUG